AUGGCCCUUCGCUUGGAGCUGGGGACGCCGGGCGCGCAGCGCGUGCAGGAUGCUGUGCACAAGGUGCUGGUCGCACACGACAUGUCUGCGAGCGACGAUGUCGUGAUGGCCGAAUACGUCACGGUCAUGAUCGCAAACCACAAAGGCCGCGACGCGAUCGCCGAGGAGCUCGGCGAACUGGUCGGUGGCGAGCUCGAUGCGCGCGUCGCUACCGAGAUCUGGGAGGCGGCGAACGCGACCGAGGCGCAGAACGCACCGCAGGAACGGCAGCGCUCUGCCUCGCCGGACGCCAUGCAGGAGGAACGAUACGUAGAACGGCCGCAGGGCGCGUCGCGCGAGCGUCCUCUGCGCGAGGACCGCGAGCGCCCGCUGCGCGCCGACCGCGAGCGCCCUCGGCAGGACCGCAAGGCGCAAAACGCACGCCGCCGCGACCAGGAGCUCUUUCCGUCAAAGCCGCGGGGGCGCAUGCACGCCGACACAAUCCAGGAGCCGCUCAGCAUCUUUGGGCGCGCCGGCGUGCCGGACCCGCACGCGCCGCCGUUUGUGCCGGAAAACAUGCCGCCGCCCCCACCCGAGUUUAUGGCGAUGAUGGCGGCGAUGGGCGCGCCGUCGCUCUUUGCGCGCCUCGAUCCCAUGAUGCCGAAUAAUCCUGCAGUGGACACGAAAGCGCACGCAAACGCGGCGCACGCGGCGCUCCGCGACCCGUCCACGUUCCCGACGGCGCCGUCACAGGCGGCGCUGUGCCGCUACUCGAUCCACUGCACGAACCCGCAGUGCGUGUACAGCCAUCCCUCUCCCGCGAAUGCCGGCAAAAACGGCGACGAAAGCGCGCUGGUCCUGCGCGAGGACGCGUGCGUGGACGGCGCGGCGUGCAAGGACAAGGAGUGCGUCAAGUCGCACGUUAGCCCCGCCGUUGCGCUCCUCCCCAGCAAGCCGCCCGCGCCGAGCGCGUGCCGCUUCCAGGACAAGUGUCUGAAUCCCCAGUGCGCCUUUUCGCACUACGAUGCCAACGGGCACGCGAUGCCGCCGCCGGCCGCACAGCCGGUCGCGUGCCGCUUCGGCACACGGUGCACACGCCCCGACUGCCACUACACGCACCCGACCAAGAGCAAGACGCCGUGCCGCUACGGCGACGAAUGCACACGCCCGGACUGCAUCUUUACGCACCCCCGCGAUGGGCCGGCGCGCCCGACGGCCGACCGCCUCAAGGCGUUUGCCGAGACGAGCGACGAGAUGGAGCGCAUCCUGCCGGGCGAGCAGCCCGACGGCGAUGCGCCGAUUGAGGCGUAG